UAAAAAAAGAAAGAAAAAAAUGAGUGCCAACGGAAAGGCGAGCGUAAGAAAUGAAAAUUCGCACACGAGUCCAAAAUUCACUAACAAUAAUAACAGACACAAGAUGGACCCAGACGAAUUAAGGAAAGAGGAAGAAAAAUCAUAUAAGGAGGAACCGACGAAUUACUUUCAGGCCAUUGUGCAUCUUUUUAAGGGCAACAUUGGGCCAGGUUUAUUUGCUAUGGGUUUUGCUUUCAAGCACGGCGGUAUCGCUGUGUCUACGCCAUUUACAUUAUUACUCGCCCUCGCUUGUAUACAUUGUCAACAUUUGUUGGUGAAUUGUUCGAUCCGAAUGCGAGCGAUAAGCGGAGAUGAAAAGUAUCCAGAUUUUGCUGAAACGGUCGAGCUAUGUUUCGCGAAUAGUCCAACCAAACUUAGGACAUGGUCAAAAUCAGUAAGGAUUGCUGUAAACGUAUUCAUUUGUAUAACUCAGUUGGGUUUUUGUUGUAUAUAUUUUGUCUUUAUCAGCACAAAUGUUAAAAAGAUUCUUCUAGGCUAUGAUAUAGUCAUGGAUGUACGCAUUUUGAUGCUCAUUUGCUUUAUACCCAUCUGGCUGUCGAUAUUGAUUAGGAAUUUGAAAUAUUUGGCACCUGUUUCGGCUUUUGCUGCGCUAUGCAUGAUUCUCGGCUUGGGUAUUACUUUAUAUUAUGCCAUUAAAGAUGGCUUACCGCCUAUUAGCGAACGUCGUAUGUAUACAUCGCCUCGUGAAUUGGCCAUAUACUUUGGUACGGCCAUAUUUGCCUUCGAAGGAAUAGCUCUCGUAUUGCCCAUUAAAAAUUGCAUGAAGAAGACCGAGGACUUCGAUAAGCCUCUUGGCGUAUUAAAUGUUGGAAUGUUCGUUGUAACCACGAUGUUCACAUCGGCGGGAUUCGUUGGUUAUACUAAAUGGGGUGAACAAGUUGCCGCAAGCUUAAGCUUAAAUCUAGGAAAAACUUGGGGCGGUAUAAGUGUCCAGGUUAUGGUAUCGUUGGGAGUGCUGUUUGGUUACUGCCUACAAUUUCAUAUCGCUAUUCAAAUAAUGUUGCCAUCUGUGACGCAUGCGAUGAGUCGUUUUAUACAUAGCCCGUUAUUAAUCAAUUUAGGUUUUCGUACUCUAAUGUCAAUUGUGACCCUGAGCAUCGCUUUAUUGGUACCCGCUUUAGGACUGUUUAUCUCAUUGAUUGGUGCUCUCUGUUCAACCGCACUAGCUUUGGUAUUUCCGCCUGUUAUUGAUAUGCUAACGCAACGCGAAGGAAAAUAUCCGCAUGUCAUCUCAUAUAUCAAAAAUUUCUUAAUAUUAGUGUUGGCAGUGCUAGGCUUUGCCGUCGGCUCAUUCGAAAGUCUAUAUGGAAUAAUUACGCAUUUCGGUAAAGAUGACCUCUCUUAAAAUCGCUAUUAAGAAAGUAUCGAUAAUAAAAAUAAAAAUAAUAAUAACGAUACAAAACGGACCAAAAAGACCUUCGUAAUGUAUUUUAAUUAAGUAGAAUUAACACAACAAUCUUUGCAUACAAAAUGUUAUUAUUAAUACUAACAUUAAUUGAUUGAUAUACUCUUCAAAUCUUAUAUAAACAUUAUACGAAAUAGUUUAGGUUACGAUAUAUUGCUACACAAUUUUAAUACAUUUUAAGUACAUU